AGGGAGAGGUAGUCGCUGCCAUUCACUACUCACCCUCUAUUUUAUUAUUAGCUCCCUUGGAUCUGGCAGCGGGGACUUUUUGCAUUGCGCAACCGAGUAGCUGCACAUACUGGGAUCUCAGGUAAAGGUGUGGGGGAUACAGCACAAAAAAAAAAAAAAAAGAAGAAGCGGCUGGUUUUUAGGGGGGUCGAUGCAAGCUGCUACCGUAGGACAGGUAGGACUCAAUUGAUGGGCCCUUUAAUUUAAAACAACCCACACCGUCCUAACGCCGCGCACCAAAGCGCCGCUCUCGUUUUUCGCGUCCCCGAUGUUCAAGACGGCCAAUUACCCGACGGUGGAUCCGGCGCCCACCAUCAUGCACGGCACUUGGUUUACCACGGGGUGCCGAGAAAACACGCCCGUGGCGGUGGAGAAACCCAAGAAAAAGGCGUUCAGCCUGGUCAAAAUCAUGUCCCUCAGCAACAAGAAGGGGCACGGCCAGCAUCCGCACCACCACCACAACAACAACAUGCCCUUUACGAUCCACUGUCACAUCGGGAAAGAGAUCAAGCACAUUUGCAGCAAUUGCAGUCGCGGGAACGACACACAGGACGCUGAGGAAGUAGAGAGGCUGGCCGCCAUGCGUUCUGAGUCUUUGAUCUCGGGCACCCACACUCCACCCAUCCGUCGUCGGAGCAAGUUUGCCACUCUGGGACGCCUCCUCAAGCCCUGGAAAUGGAGGAAGAAGAAGAGUGAGAAGUUCAAGCAGACCUCUGCUGCUUUGGAGAGGAAGAUGUCAAUGCGACAGAGCAGAGAUGAGUUGAUCAAGAGAGGAGUGCUGAAAGAGAUCUUUGAAAAAGCGACCGUUGAGUUCCGAUCCUCGAUGGACGGCGGAGUCUGUACUCAGGAGCCCUCUAUCAAGUCAUCUAUGAUCAUGUCCACCAAGAAAUCUGUCACCUACCCUGGUGACCUUCAGGAUACCCCCGCCAAGCCACCGAUGUACCACAAACAGCCUCCUGCUCUCCCUCCAAAGCCUUUCUCUAGGAUCCCAAACCAUAGCACAGAUUCUUGCCAGCCAAUGAAGUUGCCCUGUAUGCCCGGGGGAAAGCACUCUCCACCUCUGCCUCCCAAGAAAGUGAUGAUUUGUGUGCCUCCAGGGGGGCUGGACUCUUCAUCCCCUUCUCCAUCCCCCAAUCCCCUCAGCGCUCUUUCCCAAAAGUGUGCCCCUCCCCAGGGCAUGACCCUCCAUCACGGCACCCUGCUGCCCUCUCAGCUUGCCGGCCUAUCCAGUCUCCACCAGAGCCACGGUCACCCGCUCCAGCUUCAGUAUGGCAGCUUGCACACGCCCAGCCGCAUCAUCGAGGAGCUCAAUAAAACCCUGGCACUCUCCAUGCAGAGGUUUGAAAGAUUCUAUCCCUUUGACUCCACCAGCUCUGCAUUGCACGGUGUUGGUCAGUGUGUUCCCCUGGACAGAAGGGAAGUGCCGUCUGUGAUCAUUGACUAUGAGGAUGACAAGGAGAACAUGCCCGACGAGUCUGACUAUGAAGAUCUGCCCAGCAUGUAUAAGGACGAGGACGAUGACGUGGAUGACGACGAGGACGACGAUGAAGAUGACGACUCCAUAUUUACAAGUUCCCUGGCUCAGAAAGUGCUGAGGAAAGACUCUCUGGCCAUCAAGCUGAGUAACCGUCCAUCCAAAAGAGAGCUGGAGGAGAAAAACAUCCUGCCCAUGCAGACAGAUGAGGAGAGACUGGAGUCUAGGCAGCAGAUAGGCACCAAACUCACAAGGCGCUUGAGUCAGAGACCCACAGCAGAGGAGCUGGAACAGAGGAACAUCCUCAAACCUCGCAAUGAGCAAGAGGAAAUGGAGGAGAAGAGGGAGAUAAAACGAAGGCUAACACGAAAGCUGAGCCAGAGGCCCACUGUAGAGGAGCUGAGACAGGCCAAAAUUCUCAUCCGAUUCAGUGACUACGUGGAGGUGUCAGAUGCCCAGGACUAUGACAGGCGGGCAGAUAAACCCUGGACCCGGCUCACAGCAGCUGAUAAGGCAGCUAUACGGAAGGAACUCAACGAUUUCAAGAGCAAUGAGAUGGAAGUGCACGAGUCAAGUCGCCAUUUAACCAGGUUUCACAGACCAUAGUAGACCACCACUCACUGUCUCGAGCAGUGCCGAACCGGCGCUCUCCUCCACUGAGAACCUUAAGUGCUGGACAGUAAAAUGGUGCCCGUUUCUACAAUAAGGCCAUGUCUUCUGAAAUGCCUUUUCAAGACCCACACAACUGAGUCGGUACUACGCUCCAAGAUGCAGACACACCACUACUCCAUCCACUGUAGUAGCACAUAAUGACUCCAGUUGAUUCACAUCGCCCCUCUAUGGAAUUUGCUCGACUGUCUCUCCAACCUCUCUGCUGAGCUCUCAGGCAGGCGCUCAGUUCUGCGGCGAUUGGACAGCGGGAGAGUUUUUUUUUUUUUUUUUUUGCAAUUGGUUGACACUUUCAACAUCUAACUGAGGGCAACUGUACCUUGGUUUAUCAAUAACACCCAGUGGACUUGUCUCAGUGGACAUGUUUCCAUCCCUCUUCUUUAUUAUGCUGUCACUCCAAACUCCUCUAGCCCUUACGGACGCUGGGUUGACUGUUCUGAGCUCACUAUAUCAGCAGGAUAUCCAUCUUAACGCCACCUGCCAGGACUUUGGAAAAUGGCUUAGAAAGACACACAGGAGAGGAGGGAGGGGAUCCAACAUUAGAAACAUGUGCAAUAUUUUUUUUUCUUCUGCUUUUCCUAGGCUAUAGCACCCCCUAGAGUCCCCUCUGUGUCAUUACUAUGUAGUCUUGACUUUUUUCUUCUUCCCUCAUACGUGCAAUUCUCACUGUACCGACAAUGUUGACAUCUAAUUGCUAACUGUGAAUUUGAGUUUGGGCAAAUGCCUGCACUCUCUCCAAAUGUAAAUUUUGUUUAUACUGAAGGAAAGUAACAUUUAAAGAAGAAUCAUGCUUGACCACGUUUCAUUCAUGUCACAAUCUUAGAAAUUUAAUGUAAAAACAGCAGCUGGCAGAUAUACUCUGGUUCCAGUGCGUUGCAACAGUUAUCUGUUUUAUAUAUAUUUUUGGUUUUUGAUAGAGGCACUUGGAUCAUAAAUUAUUAUUUUACGUGUUUUUACAUGUCCCAGCUCGAGAGCUGACUCACCACGUUAUCUCUUGACAUUUUUUUUUAUUUUGCAGCACUGUGUUUACUGCUCUUUGCUUAUAAUGUGCAUUGUAUUAUACACUUUACUUUUAUACUCAUAAGCUUUUGACCAAGCAAUAUCUGUUGUUUGUUGAAAAAAAGGUUAAACUACAGGUGUA